AUGUCGAAAUCCGUCAUUAUAUCGCGCAGGGCUCAGGAGCAUCAACAAGCCAAGACUGAGAUGACCGAGGUCUUUCGGGCUCUUCUUCUGAAGGUUGAGCAGCUCCCCUUGGAGUACCGGGUCUCGAUUGCAGGUGAUGUAGAGCGACUGCAAGAGAUCACUCGCCGCGAUGGUCUCCAGAUGGAUCGGACCUACAAGAUGCUUGAAGGUAUGCAGCUUGGGAGAAUGCUCGAGGGUAUCGAAGCCCGUGCAGCUAUGGAUGGUUUCUCCUUCAUCCCUGAGACCUCUGACUGGGAGUCCGAUACAGACAGGUUCAAUCUGUGGACGCAAAUCACAUCUGCAAGAUGGAUCAAGUCUUACAAGGAGUGGUUGGACAAGGACAAGUCUGCGUCGCACAACAAAACACCUGCCACCCUAGGACUUGGCCUGUCUGAUGUUGCUGGACCAUCUAGGCAACAGGACUCUGCGUCUGCGCCUUCCAGAGGCCUUCACUGCAAGAGAUUCAGCGCAGAAAGGUUGUUUGGUGGAAAGAAGCGCGAAGAGGUCACGGGGGACAACGCAGGUCAUAAGCGUCAGGCCUCAAAGUCGCCGAUGCUGGAUGGUGCGGUGUGGCGCAAACUGACAGGAAAGCGUCGCACGGACGAGUAA